AUGAUACCUCGGGAAUAUAAAUGCAAAUCAAAUGUAAAUUUACAAAUUAUUCUGUCACAAACCCAACAAAUUGAUGCUGAGUUGGAUGGCACCAACAAGAUGCUAGCUAUCAGCAAUGGAUCAAACGCGUCGAAUAUGCCUGGAGAAGUAAAGAGAUGUAACUCAGUGAUUUUCAACGUAGAACGUACCGUGGGCAGUUUUAUUUUGGAAGGGCUUUCGAUGCAUGGCAAGCUUGGGAACGCCGACCACGAUGUAACUGGGCAUGAAAGAAGAAAUCCUCAACAGACAUUUUUGGCAGCUGUAAAAUCUGAAUUGUCCUGUAAAAAUGUUUACACUUUGAAUUAA